GCCAGAGUCACUGCGCAGUCACAACAACAAGAGGACGAACCAAUUCUCGCCAUAGUUGUUUAUAUAAAAACCUGCUACUGCUCGCCGUUACAUACCAGCAUGAACGUGGGUGUGGCACACAGUGAGGUGAACCCAAACACCCGGGUGAUGAACAGCCGGGGGAUCUGGCUGACCUAUGCCCUCGGCGUCGGGGUUCUUCACAUCGUGCUCCUCAGCAUCCCCUUCUUCAGCGUUCCCGUGGUGUGGACUCUGACCAACGUCAUCCACAACUUGGGGAUGUACGUUUUCAUGCAUGCGGUAAAAGGAACGCCUUUUGAGACCCCGGACCAGGGAAAAGCCAGACUUCUUACUCACUGGGAGCAGCUCGAUUACGGCGUGCAGUUCACCUCUUCCAGGAAGUUCUUCACCAUUUCGCCCAUCAUCCUAUACUUCCUCGCCAGUUUCUACACGAAAUACGACACGACCCACUUCGUGAUCAACACGGCCUCGCUCCUGAGCGUCCUGAUCCCCAAGCUGCCGCAGCUGCACGGAGUGAGGAUCCUGGGCAUCAACAAGUAUUGAGUUCUUGUCCAAGCCGUGCCUCUUGGCGUCAGGAGCGUAAUCGUGUCGUCCGUGUACUAAAUCCCGCGGUCUGAGCGAAGACUGCCGUCGGGAUCAGGAAUGACAGAAAAACGGGAGGCGUUUGUUAAUGCCGUGUGCGUUACUAACUUAUGCGAGUAUUUAAUUGUGUAUUUUGGGCCUGCAUUGACCUGGGCUGGCCCAGGCUGCGGACAGGCUUCUGGUUCACUUUAAUUUAGUUUUUUUUUUACUUUCCCCCUCCGUCACACGGUGACAGAUUGUAAGUAUUGUAGCCACAAAGGAUGCUCUUAAGUAUUUUUCGCCAUGUUUACUGUGUUUUGGUCCACUAUCAUUUAGUUUUAGGUGAUGGAAUGGUUCUUUUAUUUUUUUUUUGCUUCAUGAUUUCUGAGAACGGUGCAGGCUUGUUGUCUUUGUUCAGCAUUUGUUUAAAUUUUUUUUUUCUGUGUAGAUAAGAAAUUACUGAGGGAGGUUUACAGCAUCUG